CUAGUAAUAUUCCCUUAGGACUUUCUGAUAUUUCACAUCAUUAGCUAUUUAACCUUUAGUAUAUAUAUAUCCAGAUUUACACCAAACUCUGAUAAAAAUUUCAUCAGAUUUAAUUAAACAAUAUGGUGGGUUGCAAAAUUGCCUGGAAAGCUAUUCUACCAAAUUGCUUCAAGGCCAAGAAUGAUAGUAAUGUUCUUCCUUCAGAGGAAAAUGUGAUAGAAAUCUGUAAACAGAUGAAUUCUGGUCAUCGUAAUAGGUUUGCUAUUUCCGAUAUAAGUACUGAUUCCAGAUCAGUGUUUAUAUCAUUGGAUGAUCUGUCAUCAAACGCAAUAAUCGGUUCAAAUCUUCAUGUAUUCACACUUGAUGAGCUUAAACUCAUCACGAGUAACUUCUCGUCUGCGAAUUUUCUCGGUAAAGGUGGAUUUGGACCCGUUCACAAGGGGUUCAUUGAUGAUAAGAUUAAGCCUGGUUUAGAUGCUCAACCUGUUGCGGUUAAAUUGCUUGAUUUGGAUGGUAAUCAGGGCCACCAUGAAUGGCUGACUGAAGUGGUAUUUUUGGGACAAUUGAGGCAUCCCCAUCUAGUGAAAUUGAUCGGAUAUUGUUGGGAAGAUGAACAGAGACUUCUCGUUUACGAGUACAUGGCAAGGGGCAACCUAGAGGAUCAGCUAUUUUCGAGAUACUCGAGUUGCUUGCCAUGGUCGACCAGAAUAAAAAUUAUGGUUGGUGCUGCAAAGGGACUAGAGUUUCUUCACGGGGAAGAAAAACCAGUAAUCUACCGAGACUUCAAGGCUUCUAACAUCCUCUUAGACUCGGAUUACAGGGCCAAGCUGUCUGAUUUUGGUCUGGCAAAGGAUGGACCGGAAGGUGACGAUACACAUGUUUCGACACGUGUCAUGGGCACUCACGGCUACGCUGCUCCGGAGUACAUCAUGACUGGUCAUUUGACAAGUAAGAGCGAUGUGUACAGCUUCGGGGUAGUUCUAUUAGAAUUAAUAACGGGACGACGAGCCAUGGACAAGAAGCGCCCCGUCAAAAAAGAGCGAAGCCUGGUGGAUUGGGCAAGACCAAUGCUAAGGGAUCCACGCAAACUCGACGGAAUAAUGGACCCAAGACUUGAAGGCCAGUACUCGACACAAGGAGCAAAGAAAGUAGCUGCAUUGGCUUAUCAAUGCUUAAGCCACCAGACCAGGUCUAGGCCAACUAUGAGCGACGUGGUAAAGGCCUUGGAGCCUGUCUUGGACAUGAAGGAUAUACCAAUGGGCCCAUUUGUUUAUGUUGUUCCAACCUCAAAAUGUGACAAGGAAAUGGAAAUUGGUGAGGUGAAGACUAAAGUGGACGAACAAAAGGCGAACAUAAAGGGAGAAAAAGAAGAAGAAAAAAGAGAUGCAGGGGAAAACAGAGAGGAUAGUAAUAUUAGGCAGCGCAGAGUCGGACACAGGCAUAAGCAUAGACUAAAUACUGAUGCUGCUGACUUUAAAGCACGAAUUUAAAUUUCCGAAGAACAAAUAAAAUUCCUUUUAAUUAGUCACAAUGAAGAGAAGAAAACGAAGAACUAUCAAAAGUGUAAAGAUAUGUGAAUAUAGAUUGUUUACUGAA